AUGAACAAAAAGGACGAGUACGACACCAGCGAGACUUUCAUGGGCGGCAGUGACGACGUCGGCGUUGGCUACACCAGCAACGAAAAUGUCGUCCACCAGGCCGACUUCACCGUCGGCGACUCCUGGUACGCAAAGUUGCAGCGCAUGGCCGGCAAGCUGGGUGUCGAGCAGCGCGGUAUUGAGCGCGUCCCCGAAGAUGAGCGCACUGACACCACAAUGACCAAAGUCGGCACAAUGUGGCUCUCUGCCAACAUGGUCGUGUCGUCCUUUGCCAUUGGCGCCCUCGCCGAGCCCAUUUUCGAACUGGGCUUUCUCGACACCGCUCUGACAAUCGUCCUCGUCAACGCCCUCGCCAUUACUCCCGUCUGCUUCUUCUCCACGUUUGGUCCUCGCUUCGGCUUGCGUCAGAUGGUUCUGUCCCGCUUCUUCUUCGGCUACCACUUUGUUAAGAUCAUCGCGUUCUUCAACGUCAUUGCCUGCAUAGGCUGGUCCGCCGCCAACGUCAUUGUCGGCGCCCAGCUGUUCAACGCCGUCAACAGCAACAUGCCUGGCUGGGCCGGCAUUCUUGUCAUCGCUUUCUCCACCCUCUUCGUCUGCUUCUUCGGCUACCGCAUCGUCCACAUCUACGAACGCUGGUCGUGGAUCCCGUGCCUCAUCAUCUUCAUCAUUGUCGCCGCCGAGUUUGGCCACACCGGCAAGUUCAGCAAUCUGCUGCCCCUUGCGACCGGUCGCGGCGAGGCCGGUGCCGUCCUUUCCUUUGCCGCGUCUGUCUUUGGCUUCGGUACCGGUUGGACCUCGUACGCCGCCGACUACACCGUCUACCAGCCCGUCGGGCGCACCCGGCGCUCCGUCUUCCUCUGGACCUUUGGUGGUCUGUACUUUCCCCUUCUCCUAACGGAGCUGCUGGGCGCCGCUGUUAUGACCGCCGCCGCUCACGAUACCGACUUUGCCAACGCCUACUACGACGGUGGUAUUGGUGGUCUCAUGGCCAUGGUUCUUGUCCCGCCAUUGGGCCGCUUCGGCCAAUUUUGCCUUGUCAUCCUCGCCUUGUCCAUCAUCGCCAACAACUGCCCCAACAUCUACUCCGUCUCCCUGUCUCUGCAGGUCAUGCACAAAGAAACCCAGCGCAUCCCCCGCUUCAUCUGGGUCCUGAUCGGCACCGGUGUCUACAUUGCGAUUGCCAUCCCCGGCUACAACCACUUCGCCACAUGGCUCGAGAACUUCAUGACCAUCAUUGCCUACUGGCUCGCCAUCUAUGAGGGCAUCUCCCUGACCGAGCAUAUUGUGUUCCGCCGGGGCUUCCAGGGCUACAACGUUGACGACUACACCGAUGCCAGCAAGCUGCCGCCCGGCUUUGCCGCCGCCCUGGCCUUCUGCUUCGGCAUCAUGGGCGUCGUCCUGGGCAUGGCCCAGACCUGGUACAUUGGUGUCAUUGGCAGGCUGUGUGGCACCGAAUACGGUGGAGACAUCGGCUUCGAGCUGGCUUUUGCCUUCUCAUCCACCUCCUACGUGGUCCUGCGCACCGUAGAGAAGAACUACUUCAAGCGUUAA